GUAGCAAACCGUCAAAGCAUUCACACUCGGAUCACCAGGCAAAAAGUAUAUAUUUUAAGCGUACAAGCAUUUAGAUCAUGGAAGCAAGUUUGUUGAACGAAAUUUCCUUUCCUCGUAUUUAUGUGGAAAGAACUUUGGCGAUCAUUAAACCAGACGCGAUUGACAAAAGUGAGGAGAUCGAGGACAUCAUUUUGACGUCGGGCUUCACGAUUUUACAGAAGAGAAAACUUCAACUAAGUCCAGAACAGUGCAGUGACUUCUACACGGAGCAUCAUGGAAAACUGACUUUCCCAAAAUUGACGGCGUACAUGAGCUCGGGUCCGAUUAUUGCUUUGACGCUGGCUCGGGACAACGCAAUCGCCCACUGGAAGGCCAUCAUUGGACCUAUCAAGGCCACCGAAAGUCAUCAAGAAAGCCUCCGAGCAAAAUACGCGACGUCCGAGCUGGAGAACGCCCUCCAUGGCAGCGAGUCAUUCCACGUGGCCGAGCGGGAGAUCAAGUUCAUGUUCCCAAACAGUAAGAAGUACACACACUGUUGUUUGAAUGAAAUGCAAAAAGGAAUUCUAUACACUUUCUGCGUAGCACUAACUGUCCCCACAAGAGAAGAAACUGAAGAAUACCUGAGUCGGUAUGUGAACCAAACAUUGCUCCAAGGACUCACUGAGCUCUGCAAGCACAAACCCCUCAACCCGUGUGUUAGUAAAGUACACACAUAUAUGUAUUCAUCGCUACUGCAUGGAAAUGUUUAUGUUUACUCCCAUCACACUUUCGACAGGUCUGGCUUGCCGAGUGGCUCAUCAAGAACAAUCCAAACAAGCCUCAAAUAUGUGACGGAGCUCUUGUGGAAGGAACAGAGUGACAUUAGGGGGCUCGGGGGAAGUAAAUAUGGAAUUAAAAGUGGAAUAUUGACAAAAGCACUUUCAGUGCAAGUGACAGACCCUCUUUUCAUAGAGCGGGAUCUUGGCUAUCCUGCAUUUGUAUUUGAAAUACAUCACCCUAUAAUUUAGAUUGAAGGAUUAAAAUGAAAAUGUAACAGGUAACUUGUUGCUGUUAACAUUCUGAAGUGCUUUGUCCUUAAAAAACAAAAAAAAAUGGAACAGUAAAUGUCAGUGUCCAUAAAUAGAAAAGUAGUCCAUAAAAAAAUCCAUGUUCCUGUCUACUUUUCAAAAUACUUGAUUUAAACAAUGAUGUCAAGUACAUACAACAUACCAGAGCUGUAGCAAAUAUAACAUAGGGGUAGAAAAAUGAAUCAUUAAACCUUUACAAAUGGAAGCAUUUUGUAGGGUGAGGAAUUUCUUCUUUUUCUUUUUUCAUCCUCCUCAACAUCCACUGUCCUCAUAUCCCCCCUCACAACAUCCAUCAACCUUUUCUUUGGUCUUCCUCUCGCUCUUUUGCCUGGCAGCUCCAUCCUUAGCACGCUUCUACCAACAUACUCACUCUCUCGCCUCUGAACAUGUCCAAACCAUCUAAGUCUGCUCUCUCGAACCUUCUCUCCAAAACAUCCAACUUUGGAUGUCCCUCUUAUGAGUUCAUUUCUAAUCCUAUCCAACCUGUUCACUCCAAGUGAGAACCUCAACAUCUUCAUUUGUGCCACCUCCAGUUCCGCUUCCUGUUGUUUCUUCAAUGCCGCCGUGUCUAAUCCGUACAUCAUGGCCGGCCUCGCCACUGUUUUAUAAACUUUGCCCUUCAUCCUAGCGGAGACUCUUCUGUCACAUAGAACACCAGACACCUUCCGCCAACUGUUCCAUCCCACUUGGACCCGUUUCUUCACUUCCUUACCACACUCACCACUGCUCUGUAUUGUUGACCCCAAGUAUUUGAAAUUAUCCACCUUCACUAUCUCUUCUCCCUGGAGCUUCACACUUCCUCCUCCACCCCUCACAUUCAUGCACAUAUAUUCUGUUUCGCUUCGGCUAAUCUUCAUUCCUCUCCUUUCCAGUGCGUGCCUUCAUCUUUCUAAUUGUUCCUCUGCCUGUUCCCUGCUUUCACUGCAGAUCACAAUAUCAUCUGCGAACAUCAUGGUCCAAGGGGAUUCCAGUCUAAACUCAUCUGUCAGUCUAUCCAUUACUACCGCAAACAGGAAGGGGCUCAGCACGGAACCCUGAUGUGGUCCCACCUCCACCUUAAAUUGACCCCUACGUACAAAUUGCGUCAUCCGCAGCGCUGACCAAUCAGAGGCCAGAGAUCUGCAUAAACCACGCCCCCUUUUUGCACCCGCCGUUCCCUCAGACAAAGUUGCAUGGUCCAGUAUAGCUUUUGUUAGCGUUUUAUCGCGUAUUUGGGUUCUUUAACAAUAGAUAUGGUUUUAAGAGGUGUAGUCACGGACUUUGUAAUAGUGACGACAGGUAUCCUGAAAGGCUAGUUGGUGGAGUUCAAUUCGUACCCUUUCCAAAACCGAAGACCCAGUACGAAAAAUGUCUUCGAUGGAUCAAACUUUGUGCAAGACCGCAUCAUCAACUGAAUCCAUCUAAAAUCAACCGGAACAGAAGACCGAGUACGAAAAAUGUCUUCGAUGGAUCAAACUUUGUGGAAGACCGCAUGAUCAACUGAAUCCAUCAACCGGAACAGAUAUGUUUGCACGAAGGUAAGUCCUAUAUUUCAAUACAUGUCUCAUAUAAAUGAAUUAGCAGUUCUUCGCUUGCAUAACAUAGCUAAGUGUGAAUGAUUGACACACUUGAUCUGUGU